AAUUUAUUAUUUUCACAGAUGGAAUACCCAGAAAAAGUGGCAGAAGAAAAUCUCACUGUUAUGGUGGAAUUUAUUCUUCUGGGAUUUUCUGACCUUCCCAACCUCCAAGGGUUUCUAUUUGGAAUUUUUUUGAUCAUCUACAUGAGUAUCCUCAUAGGAAAUGGCCUCAUCAUUGUUAUUACCAAGGUUGAUCUAACUCUCCAAACUCCCAUGUACUUUUUCUUGGGUAAUUUUUCUUUCUUGGAAAUCUGUUACACCUCAGUGACUCUCCCCAGAAUGCUGACAAACCUUUGGACACAGAACAGAGCUAUUUCUUUGAUGGCCUGUGCUAUACAACUUUCAUUUUUUCUUAUUCUGGGAGUCUCUGAGACCUUUCUUCUGGCUGCAAUGGCCUAUGACCGUUAUGUGGCCAUUUGUAAGCCUCUCUAUUACCCUAUUAUCAUGAACCACAAAGUUUGUGUUCAGUUGGUUGUUGGUUCCUGGAUUACUGGGAUCCCUGGACAAUUACUACAGACAUAUAAAGUAAUUUCUCUUCCUUUCUGUUUUAAUGAACUCAAUCAUGUUUUCUGUGAUGUCCCUCCAUUGUUAAAGUUGGCCUGUGGGGAUACCACUGUGCAAGAGUCCUUUGUCUAUGCUGCUGCUGUGCUAUUUGGAAUGGUUCCCUUUCUCAUCAUUCUUGGAUUCUAUGUCAAGAUCAUCAUCACAAUCCUAAAAUUGCCAUUGGUCACAGGGAGAGGAAAGGCCUUUUCCACUUGCUCUUCCCAUCUCAUAGUAGUGGGUUUAUUCUAUGGGUCUGGUAUUAUUACAUAUCUGAUACCCAAAUCAAGUCAAUCAGGGAUAGAAAAAGUUCUCUCCCUUUUCUAUACUAUUGUGACCCCUAUGUUUAAUCCUGUGAUAUAUAGCCUAAAGAACAAAGAUGUAACUGCUGCAUUUAAGAAAUUACUGUUCAAAAUAUUAGCCUGA